AGUGACCACAUUUUCCCCUCUGGCUAAGUGUUGCGUGCCGUAGGGUACGGCAUCAUGGACAUAAUCAUUUGUAUUUGUUCUAAGAGCGCAAGGUGGUGAGCAGUGGGACGUUUCAUUUGCCUAGUUAAACACCCGUGGUUGUAAUCCCUUUUGAGAUCAUUUUCACACAACACCUGGGUUUGUUGUCUGAACUAGCUUACAGCAACAUAAUUUGCAUGAGUGGAAAAUAAAGGACACCCUGAGGUGCGCUUCCUCGUGGGACACAGGAUAAAACGGCUCAGGAAAGUAAAGUUCUCAGACCUCUGAAUUCUGAAGCUUAUUUGUAUUAGUGCUUUCCACAUGUCAAACUCUUCGGUUUGUUGUGCCUUCGAGUCCCCUAUCCUGGACCAGGUCCUCCCCCCUGUCCUUUUCGUAGAGUUCGUUCUCGGCCUCACGGGGAACAUUUUGGCCCUCUGCAUGUUCGCUUUUCACAUGGAGAGCUGGAAGCCCAACUCCAUAUACCUGGCGCACCUGGCUAUAGCCGACUCUGUGGUGCUCUUCUGCUUGCCUUUCAGAGCUGACUACUACCUCAGGCGCAAGGACUGGAUUCACGGGGAUACCUUCUGCCGCAUCCUGCUCUUCCUCCUUGCAGCCAACAGAGCAGCAGGUAUUUUCUUUCUCACGGCUGUGGCUGUGGACCGCUACCUAAAGAUCGUGCACCCGCUCAACCGUAUCAAUCGGAUGAACCUGGGUUACGCCAUGUGGGUCUCUGCUGGCAUGUGGGCAAUGAUAGUAGCCAUGACGGCUUACUUGCUUGGCUCUCCACACUUCUACAAUUUCGGCAACCGUACACAAUGCGAGAGCUUCAACAUAUGCAUGGGCAGCAACCCGCUUUCAAACUGGCACAACGCUUUCUACGUGAUUCAGUUCUGUGUGCCCACGAUCAUCAUUGUCUUCUGCACAACCUGCAUUACAUGGCAGCUGAAGAGCAAGACGAUAGACACCUCGGGCAAAAUAAAGAGGGCCGUACAAUUCAUUUUCAUCGUUGCUAUGGUCUUCAUCAUCUGCUUCUUUCCGAGUACUGCCUCGCGGAUUGCCGUUUGGAUACUAAAGGUCUGGUACAACGAGUGCUCGUACUUCACUGAGGCAAAUCUGGCUUUUUACACUUCGGUCGUCUUCACCUAUUUCAACAGCGUCCUCAACCCUCUGGUCUACUAUUUCUCCACUCCGGCAUUCAGUGGGACUAUACAGAGCCUUCUUAUGAAACUCGGAGGGAAGAAAGCAGACAUGAUUCUUUCGACGGUAACAAGUGAUUAAAGUAAACGGGGAAAAGAAAAGCGUGAGCGUGUGAUAAAGAAAUUCAUACAACACUCUGUACAUGUCUAUAAUACUCCAGCUUCUACAUUUCAAAAGAUGAUAGAUUGUGAAAUACUGCUUAUCAUUUUAGUAGUAAUGUAGUACUGUAAAAAAAAAAAAAAAAUCUAAAUGAAUCUUAAUUUUAAUCAUAUUAAUUAAAAUAUAUUCUGCAUAUAUUGUAUGUUUCUUUUUAAGACUUCAGAACUGAAUAAAUGUAUAAAAUGCAGUUUGAAAUCAGAUAGUAAUGAAGCCUGUUAAGAAAUUCUUCUUUCUUUAUGUUCAAUAAAAUCAAAUGUAUUUUUGUUGCACAUAUAAAUAUGCUCAGUUUUCAAACCAUUCAUGAUUAUUUUUUUCUGUUUAUGGGGAAAACAUUGGGACUUUCCAAAGCAAAAAGUUACUGUGGAAAGCCUUGUUAUUAAUUAACGUGUA